GUCCUGACUGCGCGCGUUAACCAACUUAGAUUAUCAACAAGACCGACGGGGAUUGUUUUGACAAUAAUAUUACGAAAAAACGGAUGAACCUGCAAUGUUUUUACAAUGAAUGUCCAUGGAAAAAUUAUAGUCGUUCGGCGAAAUGGAACAGAUAGUGCACAUUUCCCACUUACAUCAAACUGCUGUGUGUUUGGAAGAAAUCAAGAAUGUGACAUUAGAAUUCAGCUACCUAGUGUAGACGAGGAACAAUGCCGGGUUGAGGUAGACAACAAAGGACAUGUAUUUGCAAAAAACCUCAGUAAAUCAACACCCACUCUUGUUAAUGACAAGGCAUUAUCUGACAAUUUGACUGCUUUAUCCCAUGGGGAUAUAAUUUCCAUUGUUGGUAGAAGGUUCCGGUUUGAAUUUCCUGCCAACUCGCGAUUUUACCCACAGAAAUCACCCAAGGGCAAGAGUCCAAAAUCACCAGGAAUGAGUACAUCUAUGCCUGGGUCAGCUUCAAAAAGUCCUAGAUCUUCAGGUAGAACUCCAAAGCCCUUAAGCCCAAGAACUGAUAAUGUACCUGACACUAAAGCUGCAAAAUCUCCUCAGGCGGAAACCAAGAGUUCACCAAGAACACCUGCAUUACUUAAGAAUUCAGCAAGUGCUCAUGCUUCUCCGGAUUUUCUCUUUGGGUUAUCGCCAACUUCAUUUUACAAAGUUUCUGUCACACCGAAAGGUUUAAGGAAGCUCUCUGAUGUUCAUCAGAGCAAAACGGCCACCCCAGUUUUUAACAUGACCCCGUCUACUUCUGCUCAAACACCAUUGCUUUUUAAAGACGUUCCAGUGGCAUCACCUGCAAAGAAAGCUGUUGGAAGCCCUUAUGCUAAAAGCAAUGCUAGUUUAAGGAAGAGUAUUAGUGACUUGAGGCGUAAAUCAAUGCCUGUUGUUGAGACUGAAGAGGAUUCAUCUACACCUUCUAAAAUCACUCCAGUUAGAGAAACUGAGAAACCACAGCAGCUUUCUGGUACCAAGAGGAGGUAUUCAGAAUUUGUCAUUCCUUCUUCAAAAAGAAAGCGUGUUUCUUUUGGACCAAGUCUAAGUCCUGAACACUUUGAUAAGUGCCUGCCUCCAAAAACACCAAUCAAGAAAGGAGCAACGCCAUCUAGAAUUAGUCAAGGCCCCAAGUCCCUUUUAAAAAGGAAAUCUCCUAAAAAUAACACAUCAUUGGCUAAAAGUCCUUCACCUGGAAAGCGUUUGACACCAAGUCAAGCUAGCAAACAAGUGUUGUCAGAGUCACCAGUUCAACCAAGCUCAGUGGAUGCUACCAUAGUAAAUGAUUCAAGCUUUUCAAACAAUGAGAAUAUUAAAACAACACCAAAAAGACGAAGCUUGUCAAGAUCGCCACCCGCUGACAGAAAAUCUCCAAAACCCAGUUCACCAGUUCUUGAAACCGUGAAUAUAGCGUCAACUAGUGAUGAAGCUUCUUCGCCGGAUACUGAUCAGAUUGUAACACCUGAAAAACAUGAUGUUGAAAAAAUUUUGUCUGAUAAAUCAAAAAGUGCAGAUAGGGGUACAGUGGGUAAAGUGACUGCUAAACCUAAUGGUCGUCGUGUUAAAUCUCUAGGCACAAGUCCUCUCACUGACACUACAACAAUUGUGGAAAAGAAAGUCCAGAUCUCAGCUGUAAGUCCUAAGAGCCAUAGCCCACAUGUCAAGACACCAAUUGUGAAAAGAGCUGGUGGCCUAGGUAAGACAAACAAGAAGGAACUUGACAUUUCUCUGACUGGUGUUAAGGAACUACUCAAGACCCCGAAAACUUUAGCAGAUGUCAGCUUUACUGGAAUUUCUCCACUUUUCAAGACACCAAAUGAAGCACAGAAAUCACAGAAACGCAAUGCCAAUCUUAACAAUUCUACUCCUAAAAUGGUGAAGCCAGCCAACUACAUUGACACACCCCGACCUAACUUUUCUGAAAAACGCAACAGGUCACCCAAAAAGUUUUUUGAUGAGAUUGCUUCUACUUCUUCCCCUGUGAAAUCACCCAAGUCACCACUGUUGGGAACACCAUCAUGGAAAAGCAAGAAAUUAGAAAGAAGUGAAAGUCCAAUGAAAAUUGCUACUCCACCGCAAGAUUUGAACAAAGUUGUUGCCCUUAGAGCUAUACAUGGUCAUGCUGCAACUCCUAAACUUUCUGCAUUGCAGAAAAGGGGAAAUACACCAGCAAAAUCUGCAAAGAAAACACAAGACUCAGCUAAAAAGCCACCCACUGUUAAGACUUGGUCAGACAUUGUAAAGGCAGGACCUGGACCUGCUUUGCCAGUUAAACCUCUACCAAGGCCUGCAGUGUUGACCAAAUUCCCUGCUGUCAAAAAACGAUCUCCUGUGGCAGUAAAGACGGUUGGAAAAACUCCAAAGACUCCACGAGCUUUAGCCAGAGCCCUAGCACCAACAACAGGCCAUGCUGAAUCACCUGCCACAAUUAUUGUUGGCAAAAAAGCUUUGGGUAGAAUUAAACCCAAGACACCACAGCCAUUACCUCGUAAAGGCAGAAAGAAGUCAAUGGGUAAAGUCAGUCGGGUUUCACUUGGAAAUGUCAGCUUAACUGGUGUUGCUGAAAUGUUUAACUCACCUCAGUCAUCAGACCCUAAUGAAUCUGCCUUGUAUGCUGACAUCCCAGAUACACCAAAUGGCCCUAAUGAAAUGUUUGUAUCACCUCUCUCCGGUUCCAAAAGCCAACAUUACAGCAAAGGUAGACAAAGUAUUAACCUUACAGGUGUACGAGAUCUGUUCAAGAACAAAAGGAAAUCUGUGGAUCCUAGCUUGGUUGGUGUCAAGGAAAUGAUGAAGUCUCCUGCUCAACGUUCAGAUGUCAGUCCUACUGGUCUAAAACGCUUGAUGAAAACUCCUAAAAAUACAUCUGUUAGUCCAACAGGCGUGGCUGAAUUAUUUGCUGCACAUGAGAGUUCUACUCCUGUGUCUAGAAAGAGCUUAUCGAAAACUCAAGAAUCUGCUAAAAAGGCAAAUAUUGCUGGCAGCCCAGGCAUGGCUUCAGUAGUAGAGCAAGAACUGACUGAAACUGUCACUACAGAGCAACCUGAAGACAGUUCAAGCACAAGAAAGAACAAAACACCAAUCAAAGCUCAAGCAUCACCUGUAGCCAGGAGAGAAAGUAAAAAACAUGCUUCACCCAAGGUGGCAGAAAUUGUGCCUUUAGUCUCCAGCUCCCCAGUGUUAGCACCUGAAAAGGAAAAUGAUCAAAAUUCAUCAGCAACUGUUGAGACUGCUAUCAUCACAGAUGUGACAGAAGCUAAAGGUGCAGAACAACCUGCUGGAAGAACACCCAGUGGGAAGCGAAAUAGAACUAUGUCACCAGUCAGUAAGGGUGCUGAUGCCAUCACUCCCAUCAAAGAGACACAGACUACAGGUGCUAAAGUUAAUAAAAAAGUUGGCUUCAAUGUUCCUGUUGGUCUGGAGAAUUCAGUAACUAAAAGAGGCAGAGCUAGACUGCCUAAAGUAGUGUCUGAGGCGGAUAAAACAGCUCCUAGUGUGGUACCAUCUAAAUCUAGAAACCGCAAAACUGCAGAAACAAUUGUUGAAGACAUACCAGUUUCUUCUGCUGCUCCUGCUAGAGGAAGACGAAAAAGUCCAGAAGAAAUUGAGCAAGUACCAGUUGAACCCCAAGUUAAUGCAGCUCCAACUAGAGGAAGACGAAAAGAUUCUGCAACAACUGAGCAAGUCCAAGUACCUGUUCUUGAAACAGAGGUAGUAGAAAAACCAGUUAUAGUUGCACCUCCCUCUAGGGGAAGGCGAAAAGCUCCUGUGGUGGCUGAGGAAGUUCCUGUUAUUACUGAAUCUGAAGAAAAAACAGUUGCGGCUCCCUCAAGGGGCAGGCGAAAAACUCCUGUGGUAAUAGAGGAAGUACCAGUGCCCAUAGUUUCUAAAACAGCACCAGUAGAAGAAAAACCAGUUGCAGCUGCUCCUCCCUCUAGGGGCAGGCGAAAAACUCCUGCGGUGACCGAGGAAGUUGCUGAAAUAACUGAAUCUGAGGAAAAAAUAGUUGCAGCUGCUCCUCCCUCUAGGGGCAGGCGAAAAACUCCUAUGGUGCCUGAGGAAGUUCCUGUAGUUAUUGAAUCAGUAAAAGUCCCUACUACUGCUUCUACAAGAGGAAAACGGAAAAAUGCUGUAGUGCCAGAGCAAGUACCAGCACCUGUGGUUUCUGAAUCACAGGUAGCAGAAAAACCUGUUGCUGCUGCAGCCCCCAGCAGAGGAAGGAGAAAAAAUGCUGAAGCAACUGUAGAGGCAACGAUUCCUGUAACUGCUGAAGUACAAUCAUGGUCUUCUAAGAGGGGGUCAAAGGUCAUUGAAGCUGAGGAACCAGCUGAAUCACAGAUUCGGAAACGAAAAGAACCAACUGAGGUUGAAGCUCCGACUAAAAAGUCAAGAACAGGGAAGGAAACUGUUGCCAGUAAUGCUGCAUUAUCUGAGGUCAAGCAAGAGAGGAAAUCAAGAUCAAAGUCUGAAAAUAAUGAAAAAGAAAAGAUUUCCCCUGUAAAGCCAAGGGGUAGAAGAGCUGCUGUUUCUCCAGUUAAAGAAAUGGUUGUCAGUGACACCCUGAAGAAAAAAUCUGGUUCUGCUGGCCAGGAACCUGAAGUUACAAAAGCUAGAGGCAUACAAAAUAAAGCUGAUGAAUCCCUUCCCAAAUCAAGAAGUCAGAGCAAUAAAGAGGUGCCUGUUACUGAGACAGUGAGCAUUCAAGCAACCAGAAAGGGUAGAGGCAAACAGAGUGCAGAGCCGGCAGCGAACAUUCAAGAAUUACCUAGUGCUGAGGCCCCACCAACAAGAAAUUCACGAAUUAAAAAGGCAGCUGAGGUUGUUGAUGUACCUACCAUUACCCAGGAGACAGCAGCAAAAAGAGGAAGAGGCAGACAAGCUGCAGUUUCUUCAAAAACUGAGGCGCCAAAAAACACUCCACCUAUUGAGGAACCCCAGGAGAAAUCUAGAAACAGCCGUACAAAAAAGGCUAUUGAAGUACCAGUUGUUGAACAGGCGUCUGCUAGAGGUAAGCGCAAGAAUCCUCCAGAAACAGUGGAAGCUCCAGCGCCUGAAGUCUCUGCCAUAUCAAAGCCUAUGAGACAAAAGUCUAAGGGACAAAGUGCUGAGGCUGUAGUAGCUCAGAGUAAACAGACAGAUGUCUCCAAGCGAAAAGCAGCACAGGUAGUAGAGGCUGUUUCACCUCCUAAGAGAAGGAAAAUCACUGAGUCCACAAAGGCUGAUCAAAAGCCUCUGGAAACUGAUCGAGCCAAAAGAUCAAAGGGAACCUCUGAUCCCAUUUCACAAGAAAAGCCACAGAACACUAAAAAGGUUAAGCAACCUACCAUUGCAGAGUCAAGCUCACCUGUCAGAAAACAGACAACUCGUGGUCAAAAAAAAGUUGACAAGACAACCGCAACUACAGCCCCACCAAAAGUUUCUCUCAGGCAGCGACGCUGAAAAAAUUUUUUUUACUGUCUUUUAAAUUUGAUUUGAAUUUCUUAUCACUAUUUUUUUAAUAGAUGUUUGAGACUGUUCUAUAACAUAAACAUGUUUUUUGUCUUAAUGUAAAUUUAAUAUUUAUUCAUUGGAUGGACUGUCACAUAAAUGCUUGCCAUGCUACUGCCUGUAGAUAAGUGUAUUGUGUUUUUGUUAAAUAGAAUCACUUAUUUGCUCCAGAAAUGUGCAUUAUAUGCUGUAUCAUGCAUUUAAAAUGCAUUUAUAUAUUUUUGUUUUUAAUUCAAGCGAAAGUUUACAUGAUUUUCAUAAUGGCUUUAUUGAUUAUUCUUGCCUCUAUUAGUGGUUAAAUUUAUUUCAAACUCUAUGCCUGAAAAAUCUAAGUGUUUAGAUCAUUCCAGAUUUUUAUGUACCAGAUUUUAAACCUCACUGCCAUUUUUAAUACAUGUUACAUUUGUUUUCAUAGUAAUUUUUAAAAUCAUAGAGCAGAUUUUAGUGGUUUCUUAAAAAGUUUUGCAUUCAAAUUCUUUAGCAUUUUAAAACAUCUACUUAUAAUUUUACAAUGUAUAAAGUUUUUUUUAAAUUUUGCUAUGUUUAUAAUAUACAUGAAGAAUUAGGCUAUCUUUAGCAUCUUACUUUCACAGAAACAUUGUUUAAAUGUUGCUAUUGUUCAUUUAGGAAGAGGCAUAGCUAUUUACUUUUUAACACAACCAUUUUUUUGGCUAUUUUUAAUUGUUUAUUUUUAGCUGUAUGUAUAUAAUACUAUCAAAAGUAUUGAAUUUCGUACUUCUGAUAUUCUUUUAUUUGAUCAAAAAUUUCACCCACCAACUAGUUAAUUGAUUGUGCGCUUUUUUUGCCAAGUAUUGAUCUGUAUGCUUUUAUUUAAUGCAUAUCUGAUUAAGUCUAUAUAUAUGUGGAUACUUAAUAAUAUGAGUAUGUAUAGCAUGUGUGGGCUGAUCUUUAGCAUUAGAAAGAUUCAUUGUUACUGUUGGGAGAAAAAAUGUGCCUUUUCCUCAUGGGUUUUUUUAAUUUUUGGGCUUAAUGUUUAUUAACAGAAGCCAAUCUCUUUUUGUUUCAAAAGAAAUAAUGUUAAGCUAAUGACAUGAUCACUUUUUGAAAUGUAUAUAUUGUAAACAUUUUUAAUAUUCGGAGUAUGAAUUUUUCUUCGGGUGGGGAUGUUAAGGAAUAGUAUAAAAACUAUUUUCAGAUUAAGAUUUUCAUGGGGGUGG